UUUUCUGUCUCCCUCCAGCCCAAACUGUUCCGAUGCUGAUCUCCUACGCCGAGUACAAGCCCCACUUGGUCGACCAGGGGGCCAUGAAGCUCAGCAUCUCAGGAAAAGUGGCUGGAACCGGUCAAGUUCUGGCUAAAGAGCACACCUUCCGUCUGCGCACUCCGGAUCUCACGAUAACGCUACUGAGCCCAGCCGUGGUUGGACAAGAGGCCCAAGUCCAGAUUGUCUUCAAAAAUCCUCUUCCUGUCACACUGACCGGUGUCGUCUUCCACAUGGAGGGAUCUGGGCUUUCCACCCCCAAUACGAUGACAGUCGGGGAUAUUGGCCCCAACCAAACGAUGAAAAUGCGCCACACCUUCACACCGCUGCGCCCGGGACGUCGCCAGUUGGUUGCCAGUCUGGACAGCCCUCAGCUCUCCCAGGUCCACGGAGUGCUGACGAUCGACGUGGCCCCGGGACCGGUGCGGGGCCCGUCGGGUUCUCCAGCCCCCGUUCGGGGUUCUCCCGUCCUUUCCCGAGACUCUCCGGGUAGGCAGCCCACCAACCGCAGUAGCCCGAACACCCGCACCUCUCCGGCCCGGGGCUCCCCGUCUCGCCAGCCAGAUCCCCGCGGGUCCCCCAAUAACCGUGGGUCGCCUCGCGUCGUCAGAGGAGAGCGGACCGGGCGCCCUAUCUGAGCCAGACUCUAGUUUUUAUGUACUGUGUAUCUACAAUGCCAGAGAAGUGGGGGGCAAGAGGGAGGGAAGGGCGCCCUGCGUGACCCACAGAACCACAGCAGUGCCGAGGGGGGAGAGGGCAGGUCGAAGCCGGAUUGCCCAGUUCCUGCCCCAGGGAAUCUCUUGUGCAUCCAUUGAGAAAGACUGUCCUACUGUCUCCUGUUCUGACUGAGGUUGCCCCAUCAGUAGUUUGCAAUCCCCCAAACACCCUCAGAGCCCUCAUCUCAUUUGCUAUAUGUAUUCAUCCACUCACGCCAUGCCACAUAAGUGUAAUCCACCCUUCCUGUCGCCACACAGAACCACCAAGUCUGCCCACAGUCUGUCUGCACCAACCCUCCCCUGGUCUUCACAUACAGCUUUCACCCCCUCCCCUCACUUGUUCUAGGUUCGAAUGACUCCACUUUCUCUCCCUCAAGCUGCCAAGGGUAUCCUAAAAGUUUGGCCCUGAUGACACUCUGUCCCUUCCCCCAACAUGUUUGGUUCUGCUCCCCACUGAUACCAGACAACUGUAAAAGGCCCCCCGGUUGGUUUUUAGCUUUGCUGCUCUUAUUUUUUUUUUAAUAAAACCCUUUCCAGGUAAACACAAAGAGUCUCUCCUGAGCCCAAUCCUCUAGGUCUGUCCGUAUCAGAGCUACUGGAAUUAACCUCUCCUGUUGAGAAAGGAGGACCCUCUAACCUGUCCCUCCCAGAACCACUUUGGGCAGGUGAAUUUGUACAGGUUAAGGUGGGGCUGUGCUGGGAUCGCUGUAAGAAAUGCACACGAUGAAACGCAAUGGAGAAAGACUAACCCACCGUUAAGAUAUAUCGACCGGCCAUUGCCGGAUUGCCUUUGCUCAUUUAUUUAAAUGCUUGCGCAUUUUCAAGGAGCCAAGGCCUCCUUUGACUUGCACUGAAGCUGAGCUAUUAGAGGAAUAUAUGGAUGGGUGGGUGGGUUGGGGGACGGGAAUUGGGGGGGGGGACACAUAGUAAUGUAUUACACGCUGGAUAACUUUACCAGGAGAGACCAUUUUACAUUUGAACGAUAUGUAAAUGAACAACACCAAACAAAAUGCUGUGAUUCCCCCCCCCCCCCCGCAAAUGCAGAUAUUUAUUUUAAAAUAAACGGUUUUUAACUCAA